AGCCGGGGGGCACUCCCGGCUCAGCUCACGGCGUCGGCACCGCGGAUUGCAGGGCGCAGCCCGGAGCCCCGCACGAGGGGGACGCUUCAGAGAUGGCAGAGUGAAUGGAUGAGCGAGUAAAUGAUGGGUGAUGGAGAGCGAGGACCCGUGUGCGGAAAGGAAACCGCGAGGCUCAGAAUUCGCGGCCCCUGCCCUAGCGGCUGCCGCCUGCCUACCCUGCGGCUCAGAAACUUAGGGUCUUCCCAGGAGGCUGCAGCGAGUAGUGUACUGCGCACGGGCCCCGGAGACCUGGGUUGCUAUUCUGGGGGGUGGGAAUCCAGGAGCGAGGCCACAGGACGAGUGAGGGUGCAGCUGCUCAGAAGCGCAUGUGCGUGAUGCUGUGUGAAACCGCGUUUGUGGAGCCAGCCAGGCUGUUUGCGGCUGUUUGUGGAGACAGCCUGUUGUGGCAUUUCCCAGUAAAGUGGGGUACAGGGAGAACAGCUUGUCCAAGGGCAAGCACAGUGCUACCAAGUGGCCCGAGGCUGCAGAAGAGAGAGCGGGAUGUGUGUGUGUAGAGAGAGAGAGAGAGGAGAGAGAAUCUUCCAUCUGCUGGUUCAUUCCCCAAAUGGCCGCAAUGACUGGACUGGGGCAGGCCAAAACCAGGAGCCAAGAGCCUCUUCUGAGUCUCCCAUGAGGGUGCAGGGGCCCAAGGACUUGGGCCUUCUUGUACUGCUUUCCCAGGCCAGGCCAUAGCAGAGAGCUGGAUUGGAAGUGGAGCAGUCAGGACUUGAACUGGAGCCCAUGUGGGAUGCUGGCACUAGAGGCGGCGGCUUUACCUGCUACGCCACAGUGCCGGCCCCAUCCUUAAGCCAAUCUGAGAGAUAAGGAGGUGGCAAUGCAGAGAAAGUUUACAAGGCCACUGCCUGUUAGGUUGGCAGGGUGAGGCUGUUCAGAGCCUCUUCCCUUUCACCCUUCACCGUAAUACCCAUCUCCCCCGACCCAGAUCUGCAGACAGAUCCAUUUAUCAUCUUAAAAUCACUAAUAAUCAGUUUAUUCCACAGUAGGCAUUUGUGAAAGCCCCUGUACAUUCCUCCCCCCCCCCUUUUUUUUUUUUUUUGAGAUUGAUUUAUUCAUUUGAAAGAGUUACAGAGAGCAGGAGAGACAACAGGGAGAUUUUCCUUCCACUGGUUCAAUCCCCAGAUGGCCACAAUGGCCAGGGCUCGGCCAGGCUGAAGCCAGGAACUGCAUCUGAGUCUCCCACAUGUGUGCCAUUGGCCCAAACACUUGGGCCAUCUUUCACUACGUUUCUCAGGCCAUUAGCAGGGAGGCAGAUCGGAAGUGAAGCAGCUGAGACAUGAACUGGCACCUGUAUCGGAUGCUGGCAUCACGGGCGGCAGCUUUACCCGCUGUGCCGCGGCACCAGGCCCAUCGUUCCAGGCAACUUGCAGACCAUAGAAUACUCUGACCCAUAGGCCAGAUUUGUCCUACUAUCUAAUUCCUGUAAAACCGUUGGGUUGAAACACAGUCAGGCUCAUUCAUUUACCUACUGUCUAUUUUUGUUUUCAUCCUGUGAAGGCAGAGUUGAACAGGUUGCAGCAGGUGCCGUAGCCCAUGAAGGCUGAGAUACUUUCUGGCCCUUUACAGAAAAAGCGUGCUGACCUUGGGUGUCAACAGACCACCUACCGCCCGGGUGACCCCCAACUGGAGGACAGUGGUCAUGACUGAGACGUCUUUCCUCGCCACAGGGUCUAGUAUCAGAAUACCAUCUAUCCCCUGCAGAGGGCCUGCCGUGGGCUUUGUGAGUGCUUUGCAGGAGUCAAGGACUCCUGGAGGUGAUCCAGUUUGUCACCUCUUCAGGGCUCCCAGUGUUUAAACCUGGAAGUGUUUUCCAGUCAAAGCACAGAGAAGAUUCGUGGAUGUUGAAUAUGCAAGGGGCUGAAGAGAGAGAGAUUGGAGAAGAGGCUUGGCCAGGUUGGGUGAAAAAACCUGCCCCAGAGCAAGAUGCCUCUGAAACUGACUCACCAGGGAUAGUAGCAAGGAGAUGCCAAGGAAAUUACCCAGAUUCCACAUCUGAAGAGAGAUACACCUGUGAGGGCGUGAGGGAACGCUCCCCUGGAAAGGUUCCUGGGCCGUGCCUUUUCCAGAAUGGAGCUUUUGGAGGAAUAGCUUUCAUCCACAAGGAAGCACCCCCUGAAAUGAUUAGCCAAGAAUACAAUUUGGAGAAAAACUUGCUUUUGGCCUCAAGCCUUGUAACACACCUCAGGGUUUCUACGGAAGAAGAACAGCAUCAACGGGAAACAAAUAACAUUCACACCAACGAGAUUUUGGAGCAGAGUCGAUGCCCGGCUCUGUCCACACAAAAGAAAUCUUGGAAAUGCGAUGAAUGCGGAAAAACCUUUACUCAGAGUGCAUCCCUCGCCCAGCAUCAGAGAUCUCAUACUGGGGAGAGACCAUAUGCGUGCGAGCAGUGUGGGAGGGCCUUCAGCCGUAGCUCAUUCCUCGUUCAACAUGAAAGAAUUCACACUGGAGUGAAGCCGUAUGUAUGUGAGCAGUGUGGAAAAGCAUUUCGGUGCCGGUCACUUCUUACUCAGCAUCAGAGAAUCCACACUGGGGAGAAACCUCACAGGUGUAACGAGUGUGGGCAUUCCUUCCGCAGUCAGUCUCACCUCACUGAGCACCAGAGGGUCCACACUGGAGAGAAGCCUUACACGUGUCCGAGGUGUGGGAAGGCGUUCAGUCAGAACACACACCUUGUGCAUCAUCAGAGGAUCCACACUGGAGAGAAGCCUUACUUCUGCAGUGAUUGUGGAUCUUCUUUUCGCAAACACUCCAACCUUAUACAGCAUCAGAGAAUCCACACCGGGGAGAAGCCCCAUAAGUGUGAGGAAUGUGGGAAAACUUUCCAAACCAAGGCAAACCUCUCACAGCAUCAGAGAAUCCACACUGGAGAGAAACCCUACAAGUGUAAGGACUGUGGCAAAGCCUUCUGCCAGAGCCCAUCUCUCAUUAAGCACCAGCGAAUUCAUACUGGAGAGAAACCCUAUAAAUGCAAAGAGUGUGGGAAAGCUUUUACCCAGAGCACUCCACUGACUAAACACCAGAGAAUUCACACAGGGGAGCGCCCCUACAAAUGCAGCGAGUGCGGCAAAGCCUUCAUUCAAAGCAUUUGCCUGAUUCGGCAUCAGAGAAGUCACACCGGAGAGAAACCCUAUAAAUGCAACGAAUGCGGAAAGGGCUUUAACCAGAACACCUGCCUCACUCAGCACAUGAGGAUUCAUACUGGAGAGAAGCCCUACAGAUGUCAGGAGUGCGGGAAGGCUUUCGCUCACAGCUCCUCUCUCACUGAGCAUCACAGGACCCACACUGGCGAGAAGCUGUACAAAUGCAGCGAGUGUGAGAAAACCUUCCGCAAGUACGCCCACCUCAGUGAGCAUUACAGGAUCCACACUGGGGAGAAGCCGUACGAAUGCAUCGAGUGUGGGAAAUUCUUCAGACACAGUUCAGUCCUUUUCCGGCAUCAGAAGCUUCACAGCAGUGAAUGAUGCUGUUAGCUAGGUCAUGACGGCGCCCAUGGAGAGGGUGGCCGGGACGAGAGAGGCAGGUGGCGUGCCUGCACUGAAGGAAGAAGGAGCCAUGGUGACUGUGCUCUGGAAGAAUGCUCCGGAAGUGGAACUGGGGGCUUGGAGAGUGGAGUCCGCGCCAGGUGGGCAUACGGGAAUACAGGGUGGAAAAGGAAGUUCCUGCUCUUCAGAUGAAGCCUACUGGACACCAUCACACCCUCCGCGUGUGCCUCUUACACCCGGGGGAGGCAUUUGUUAGGUAGGCACGGGGGUUUCUGUUACCCCAUUCCUGCCCCCUCCCACCUGUCUUGUGUUCACCAGCUGGUAAAUUGGGGUGCUUUUCCAAACACUGCGUGUCAGCCUGGGAGUGGUGUCGGGUCUGGGGUCACGUCCAGUUGUAAAGGUCUCCAGAUGUUUGCGGUGACUCUGACCCUGCUGCUGUCGGGGAGGCUCCCCAACCAGUGGGAGUGUUCCUCUGAAGGGGAGACAGACAAAAAUAAAGAGUCCAUAUUCAUUCCUUUUUGGCAAGAUUUAUGUAUUCAUUCAUUUAAAGGGCAAAGUGACAGGAAGGAAGAGCCAAAGACCUUCCAUCUGCUGGUUCAAUCUCCAAAUAGCCACAGCAGCUAGGUCUAGGCCACGCUGAAGCCAGGAGCCAGGAACUCUGUCCUGCUCUCCCACAUGGAUGGCAGGGGCUUAGGCCCAGCUGGAUUGGAAGCAGGAUAGCCAGGAUUUGAACCAGUGCUCCCAUAGAGGGUGCGUGUAUAUCACAGGCAGCAGUUUUACCACUGCACCACAGUGCUGGUCCCUCCAGUAUUCAUGCGCUGAGCAGAGGGCAGUGUGGCAAGACCUGGGCUGAUUCCUACAGACAUGCUGGUGAAGAAGGUUUUAAGAGGGUGAGGAAGAUCUUUCCUUAUUUUCAAGCUUGAGGGCGACAGGGGUGCUCUGAAGGAAAUAGGAGGACCAGAGAGACUCUGUGAGGCCAAUUUGUGUGAAGGGAGGCAGAUCUGAGAGGACUAGGGAGAGGGAGGCCCAGCUUCGGUCCCAGAGGGGUCCCGGAGGGGUGCUGGCUUGCCCAGGAAGGAGUUGGUCUGUGCUGGGCGGCUGGCAGUUAGAGGCCUCGGACAUAACCUUGCUGCCGCAUAACCUUGUCCUGCCUUUGACAUUGGAAAGAGCUCUGCAGAGUUACCUGGUGUCCGUGUUGCCCCUAGCUGAGUGGUGUUUUAUUCUGAGAAAGUCCCAUAAGUUUCUCUUUAUUUCCCCAGUGCCUGUCGUGUUCUUAAUUGCUACCCAAAAAUUGAGCUUCAGAGAAUUAAUGAAACCUUUGAUUGGUGUUUGAAAUAGCUUCUAAGCUCUGAAGGCUAUAUAGGUAUUAAAUUGUGACUGCUAAAAAGCCACGGAAGUACGUUGGUUAUGGGACGCUUUGUCCUUUGGAACUCUGCAUGGCUGUUUGCAGAGCCAAGUGUCUUGUAAGCAUUGAUCUGGGCUGCUGUUUACCACUAAUGGGAAUGUGGUAGAACUGUCACUUUUCCUCCAUAGCCACGAAGGUUGUGUUCUCAAUGCCUAUCCCACAGAAAUUCAUAAUUUAGAAAAGGAAUACC